UGUUGGAGAGAGCAGAGGGAGGGGGGAAUAUGGGGAAGCGGAGAUGCAUUUCCCAUAAGUCACUGUCAGCCAGCUCCUCCCCCCAGUUGGCUGAGAGCCAGCAUCAAGCAGAGCAGAGAAGUGCGGCAGGGACUGAGCAGAGAGGGAGAAUCAGAGCACGGAGGACGAGGCAGACUUAACGGCGAGCGCCUAGUUUUGCUAAUGUAGAUGACAGGUUAUACAGAGCGGAUACGCGAGAGAGAGACAACAGAUCAGAUUGGCAUCUGUCGAUCCAACAGGUGAAAUGGCGGUGAGGCAGAGGAUUUUCAAUUCUACCGCACCUUUCUCCGGGUCACCCCAGGCUGAGCUGAAGGGGUCGUACUCAGCCUGCUCGACCACGGACCAGGAGAUAGAGGAGGAGGAGGAGGAGGGGAAGGACAAAAAAAUUGACUACCCGCCCCAUAUAAAUAAAAUCAUUACACAUGGGACUGCAGAGCAAAUUGGAGAAGCGCCACUCAAGACCUCAACCAUCAUUGCCCAGGCUGAAUGUGAAACCCACGACCAGUUUACUCCAACUGGCUGUGGAAGUACUUACGCCAAUUACACCAACAGUUCUCCGUCUGAACACAACAACGUGGCGUGCCCAACCACAGCGUCCGUCCAGGAGCUGAGCAGCUCAUCGACUCAGCCCACCCCAAAAAAGAAGACCCGGAAAAGACAAAAACGUAAGGGGAAGAAAAAAUUGGAGAAGAAUAAGGAGAAGCCACGACACAGACAUCGAGUGCCCUCUGGGGUCCCUGAACAGGAGAGUGGAGAUUCUCUGGUCCAGAUCUUGGAAGAGUCAUCUCUUGGCGAGACAAGCGACCCCAGUUCUUCUUGCUGUAGCAGCAUUGAAAGAUCAGAGGAGCAGGACAGAGGGCCUCCUUUCUACAACAAACUCUACAACCUAGGGUCCAGCUGCUCUCCUCUGAUCUGGAGCAACAAAGUCUGUGGCGGCACCCUCUCCAGUGUCCACUCCUAUGUGGACGACAGCGACUCCCUCAGCAGUGUGGGAGACUGUUCGCUGGCUUUAGCUGGCCUCAGGGGCCAUGUCAGCCAGGGGGAGCGGUGCUACGCAGCCCCCUUUUUCAAAGAGGUGGAGAGGGAAGCAAGAGAGAACGAAGAUGAUUUAUCAGCACAUGAUUCUGACUGCAACGAGGGAUUAAUCUUUGAAAACAAUAAAAUCCAGCCAGUUGACUCGGAAUACAAGGAAGGAAGGGAGUACGUCCUCCCACAGUUUAUUAAGGAAGGCUCCUAUGGCGAAGUACACAGUGCUCAAGAUGUCAACACUGGCUUCAAAUUUGCUGUCAAGAAGGUCGCUCUGAAGAUGUUUAACAGUGAGGAGGUGGGUGCGUGGAGUGCCCUCAGAUCUCCCCGCGUGUUGGAACUCUUUGGAGUGGUCAGAGAGGGGCCUAAUGUUUUGUUCUUGAUGGACCACAAAGCUGGAUCUUUGGGACAGCUGAUAGUGGAGCAGGGACGACUGCAAGAGGACCUAAGUCUCCACUACCACUCACAGGUUUUAGCAGCGCUGGAAUACCUGAUGAAGAAAAAAGUUGCUCAUCUAGAUAUUAAAGCUGACAACGUGUUACUGUCGGAGGACGGUAGAGACACUUUCCUGUGCGACUUUGGACAUGCAGAGAGACUUGACAAUCAGGGACAGAGCCUCAGUGGGUCCAAAGAUCUGAAAGGCACAGAGACCCACAUGGCCCCUGAAAUUGUGAAAGGGGAACCCCGUGGAGCCAAAGCAGAUGUGUGGAGCAGCUGCUGUAUGUUACUGCACAUGCUCAAUGGGUGUCAACCUUGGACUCGAUACUACACCUGUAUACUUUACUUGAAGAUUGCUAAUGAGCCUCCUCCUCUGAGAGAGAUCCCACCUGACUGUAACCCUCUUACGGCUGAAGUUAUCAAGGCAGGGCUCCAGAAAGAUCCAGUUAAAAGAGCAUCAGUGUUUGACCUCAAAGAAAAAACAGACAGAGCUCUGAAAGAAGUUGGAGGACUCACCAACCCAGUCAAGAGACCCUACACAGAGCCGCUGUAUGUUGCCAACAAGCCUCCUGACUUUCUGCAACUCAUUGAUAGCAGUGUUAACUCUGUGGAUGAAGAACAUCAAGAGUCUGUUGACAACGUGAUAACAGCUCAGAGGAGUGUGAAGGAGGAGGAUAUCGAUGAUGAGGAAGAGGAGGAGGCUGAUUCUGAUAAGUCAGAGCAAGGGAAACCUCUCAGUCAACAAAGGCUUAUUUCUGAGACAAAUCACAAGAGCACCACUGUUUCUGAACUUGAGCUACGUAAACUGGAGACAGAUUUCUACAUGUACAGUCUGUCCCAGCUUCAUUCUCCUGAGAAGCAGGAGCAACUCCUGUCUUGUCUCAGCAGUGACCCUUAUUCUAAUCGGGAGCCAUGGGACAAAAAGGACUCCGGCCGCUGGUCCCUGAGCCCAGGAGAUGACUUCAGCUCUGGUGUCUUUUCCUACAACAGUCAGCCGGAUGGGCAAGAUUUCAGUAUGGAUUGGCUGGUUCACACUCAAUUACCACGACCCUGCUGUUUUGAAGGGGUGGAUGUCUGCAUCAGAGAUUUCAACAGGAAAAACAUCCGGAUCAGAGAGACUCGGCGGGUAAAGGUGGGCCACAUCGCCACUGGAAUCAGUGAUCAGAUCUCCGAGAGGGUUUUCACUCUGGAGACACAGCAGGGCCAGCACAUCGCUCACGAUGAGGAGGUUCAGGAAUCCGGGCUGGAGCUCUGCUGUGUUCCUGCUCCAGACUUCAACCCUGCCUGGAGAUGGAGGAUCAGAGACGGGGUGCUGGAAACAAGAUAGAGCCCACAAUGCAUCUAUCAGCUGUCAUAUUAACUGUUGUACCACUGUUGAAAUCUUUGAAAUUCUUUCAUUUGUCUUGUUGCAUUAGAGCCAUACUAUCACUGAGGUUUAAAAAAAUUUCUUUUUAAACAAACUUGCGUCUUUAAAAGCCAUCAUGUGUGAAAACUAUUUAGCCCUUUGUCUGUUACAUGCUCAUAACUCAAAGCACAGUUCAUUUUAACCACUGUGAUGUUUACAUGUUUCCUUAUUGCAUGUUUACAUUGAGCCAUUAAACAUUAUAAUGA